AUGAGUGGGCGGUACUGCGCAAACUUUGUGGGCGGGAAUACCUCUGGCUCCGGGAUUCUCCUGCGGUUCGAGGCCCGGCUGUCGUCUGAGGCGGUGUGCAGACGUCCUCUCCUAAGGGCCGUUGGAGAGCCGCUGAGGACGCCGCUGCUCGGGACGGGGAACCCGUUCAUACCACUCCGCUUAAAGUGUGAACAGCCGCGAGAUGAUUUCAUGUACGUGGUCCAAAUAGGGAGAUGCGGGUGCGUGUGCGGCUGGGUGUACGGGACCCUGGUGUUCGUGGUGGCUCUGGCCGUGUACUGGAACGCCCUCAGCUGCAGCUUCGUCUUCGAUGACAUCUCCGCCAUCAAGGAGAACCGCGACCUGCGACCCCACACGCCCAUCACCAACCUCUUCCUGCACGACUUCUGGGGGACGCCCAUGCAGAAGGAGCAAAGCCACAAGUCGUACCGGCCCCUGUGCGUGUUGACCUUCCGCCUCAACUACCUGAUCCACGGGUUGGAGCCCCUGGGUUACCACCUGGUCAACAUGCUCCUCCACGGGGUCGUCUGCAUCCUCUACUACAGGUGCGCGGGUGGGAGCUGGUGCAGUUCGGCGAGGGCGUGGUGUCCGGCAAGGGCUCGGUGCCCCCCUGGCUGGCCGACAUGGCCCCUCGGGUCUUCGUGCUGGUGGCCACCACGCUCGGCCUCAUGCUCGCCCGCGUGCACGUCAUGGGCGCGCAGCUGCCCGUCUUCACCAGAUUCGACAACCCCGCGAGCGUGGCGCCGACGCCGACCCGCCAGCACUACAACUACCUGCUGAGUGUCAACGCUGGCCUGCUGCUGAUGCCUUCCUCGCUCUGCUGCGACUGGACCAUGGCCACCAUCCCCCUCGUCGAGUCCUUCACGGAUCUCAGGAACCUGGGCACCUUGGCAGUGUAUGUGGUGCUGAUCAAGCUGACCUACCACGCCCUCUUCGUGGCCCCCCGUCAGCACGCCCAGGUCAUUGUCAUGGGCCUGGCCUUCGUCGUCCUGCCGUUCCUGCCGGCGACCAACCUCUUCUUCCCCGUCGGGUUCGUGGUGGCCGAGCGGGUGCUGUACAUGCCCUCGAUGGGGUUCUGCAUGAUGGUGGCGCACGGCUUCUCCAUCCUGCUGGAGAGAAUACAGCCGCGGAAGUACGUGUGGUUAGCGCUGCUGGGUCUGCUGGCCGUGCACGCCGCCAAGACGCACGUGCGCAACGCUGACUGGAGGGACGAGUACACCAUCUUCACCGCAGGUCUCAAGGUGAACCAGCGCAACGCCAAGCUCUUCAACAACGUGGGUCACGCCCUCGAGUCCCAGGGGCGGUUCGCCGAGGCCCUCAAGUACUUCCAGGCGGCGGUGACGGUGCAGGAGGACGACAUCGGGGCGCACAUCAACGUGGGCCGCACCUACAAUAACCUCAAGUUGUUCGAGGCGGAGCAGGCGUACCUCAAGGCCAAGUCGCUGCUGCCCAAAGCCAAGCCGGGGGAGAGCUACCAGGCGCGCAUCGCCCCCAACCACCUGAACGUGUUCCUGAACCUGGCCAACCUCAUCGCCCGCAACCAGACGCGCCUGGAGGAGGCGGACGCCCUCUACCGCCAGGCCAUCAGCAUGCGGGCGGACUACACGCAGGCCUACAUCAACCGCGGCGACAUCCUCAUCAAGAUGAACAGGACGAAAGAAGCUCAGGAGGUUUACGAGAGGGCGCUCUUCUACGACAGCACCAACCCGGAUAUAUACUACAAUCUCGGCGUGGUGUUGCUCGAGCAGGGGCGGCCGCAGCAAGCGUUGGCGUACCUGGACAAGGCGCUCGAGAUGGAUCCAGACCACCAGCAGGCGCUCUUGAACUCGGCGGUUCUCAUACAGGAGUCCGGCAACGGGGAGCUGCGCCCCCUCGCCUACCAGCGCCCUCGCCUGGUGCAGCGCGACCCCCUCAACGAGCGGAUCUUCUUCAACCUGGGCAUGAUCGCCAUGGACGACGGCGACUACCGCAACGCCGAGAAUUGGUUCAGGAAGGCCAUCGAGCUGAAGGAGGACUUCCGGUCGGCGCUGUUCAACCUGGCGCUGCUCCUGACGGACGACAUGCGGCCCCUGGAGGCGGCGCCCUUCCUCAACCAGCUGGUCAAGCACCACCCCGACCACGUCAAGGGCCUCAUCCUCCUCGGCGACAUCUACAUCAACAACAUCAAGGACCUGGACGCCGCCGAGAAGUGCUACGAGCGCAUCCUGGCCGUGGAGCCGAGCAACGUGCAGGGGCUCCACAACCUGUGCGUGGUGUACGUGGAGCGCGGCGAGCUGGCGGCCGCCGAGACGUGCCUGAGCCGCGCGCACGCCAUGGCGCCCCACGAGGACUACAUCCUGCGCCACCUCAAGAUCGUGCGCUCGCGCCUCGCAAAGUUCUCGCAGAUGCAGCAGCAGCAGCAGGCCGCGGGCGCCCAGGACAGGGCGGCGUCGACGGGCGCGGCGCCGGAUGCGGGCGAGGGCGUCGCCGACGGAGGCUCUGACGCCAGCGCCACCAGACCCAAAAAGACUGUCUUUAUAACAAAAAAUAGUGAUAGUAAUAGUAAAAAUACAGAGAAACAGCCGACGCCGAUGAUGGAGGCGACGCUAAAAAGUGAAGCGAGUGACUCGUUAUCGUAAGACUGGAUCAUUGUUGAAAGCAUGCCAAAGGUUCUACAGUCAUUAGAAGGUAUAAGCGUUGCCUGGUCGUCCGCGGCGAGGCAGACGGCCGGCAGAGCUCUCGCCAUGGUCCUACGGGGGGAGGGCAGGGGGAGGGGGCGGCGCAAGGGGCGAGGCGAGGUGUGUCUUGUCCCCGCCUUCCGUAACCCCUCCCCCACCCCCGCCCCCUCUCAUAUCGUUGUCCAGCGAGAGAGAGAGAGAGAGAGAGAAAGGGGGGCGCCAUCCACACCGUGUUCCAACGUCUCUGGGUCGAGGACAAAGAGGAAACGAAGUCGAAUGUGAUCUCAACCUCGCCGCGUUUCGUUUCGAGUGCAAGGCGUGAAAAAGGUGGUCUCAGACUUUCAGAAAGGGAGGUAAAAGGAUCGAAGGAAGCGCCGUGGAAAGGAUUUCAGAGGAAGGGAAAGGAAAAGCGAAGGGAAAAAAACUCGAUGUUGAGAACUUCCAGUGUAGGAAAAGUGAAAAGUGUGCGAGGAAAGCCCUUAGUGAAGUGUCCUCUCCUGGGUGUGCCAGUCCAGGGCGUGGUGUGAACUCCUUAUCCCAUCCACAGUGGCACAGCACGCGUCGUGUGUUGCCCUUGCCUGCAGUGACACAGUGCCGGACCCCACAGGUUGCAGGGACCUUAACAAAAGAGAGAACUUCAGUGUAUUCGAGGCUGCGUCGUGGCCACCUCUCCAGGAACACUUGUUUGCUAUAUAUAUAAAAAAAAGUAAAAA